AUGAGCUCCGUGGGACCUUUUAAACAUUUAAAACAAGCCAAAGACCCCAUCGUAUUAAAGGAACGAAACGUUUAUAUCAAGUUCAGUACGAAACUGGCGUUGGCCAACACUCGUAUUCAUUUCCUGGAUUUUUGUGUUGACAAAUCAAACUAUCCAAAACAGUACUGGAUUAUUCUGCGACGCAAUCGUAUACAAAUUUCUAAAAUUGCGCUUCGUCGUCAAGCUUUCAAUGAAGGUGAUUACGUCGGCAAGGUAGCAACAAUUCUGACUGAUGAAUCGAAGCUCACGAAAAUAGCCCAUGAGAAUGAGAAGACAACUCGAAUAGAGGAGUCUCUUUCUACCAUAUUAAGAAAACGUAAACAAAAGGGCUUUAUAGACACCGCCACUUCUGAACGGAUUCGGCCAACAGGGACUACGAUUCCACGAUUUUACGGGCUGCCCAAAGUGCAUAAGAGUGGAGUUCCAGUCAGGCCAAUGUUGGACAUGUGCAACUCUCCCUACCAUGCGGUAGCCAAAUGGUUGGCUCGUCUUCUGGAAACAGUGAGGAUGACAUUAACCCAGCAUAGCCUCAAGGAUACAACCAGUCUCAUUGACGCCUUGAGUGGUUUUAACAUCAAAGAUCGCCAUAUGUUUUCGCUAGAUGUCACACCUCUGUUCUCGAAUGUUCCGAUCGGUGAAACAAUUGAUUACUUAUGCAUCUAUAUUGAAAGUAACGGAAUUGACGUAGGCCUACCGACAGAUGACCUUAAAGAAUUAUUCUUCUGUACGCACAAUGUGCAAUUCGAAUUCCAUGAGGAAAUCUAUCGCCAAAAGGACAGUGUAGCAAUGGAAUCUCCUCUAGGGCCCUUGUUUGCCGAUGUUUUCAUGUCUAAAAUAGAAAACGAUCCACUUAAAACACAUACCAAACAAUGUGUACUGUACAAACGUUACGUAGAUGAUAUUUUGUGCGUGGUCGGUUCUACAACCGAGUGCCAAUAUAUACUAGAAACAAUUUGUGCAAGCACUCAAGCUCCCAUGGACGGAUCACCGACAAGUGACUUGUCAUGCAACAUCGGAGCAAGUGAUAAUUGGGGACCAAUUAUGAAACAAACUGUUGAAUAUUUUACUUAA